ACCCACCGUCCACACCAGUCUCCCUCUUCCCAUAUAUACGCACGGCGAGCGCGGGCGGCGCGGCCACUCCCCCUCCCGCUUCCCUUCCCAGUUCCCCACAGCAAUCUCUCCUCCCCCCAACCACUUCCCUCGCCAUGGACGGCGGCGGCGGCGGCGGCGGCUACAGCCCGCGGUUCCAGCGCCAGGCCUCCUGCUCCUGCGCCCCCUCCAUCUCCCGCCGGGGUUUCGUCCGCGGCGGCUUCGACCUUGACGGCGACGACUACUACUACUACGACGACAUCUUCCACUCCUCCUCCGGCGGCGGCGCCGCCGCGUACGACAAGGUCGACGGGCACUACCCCGCCGGGACCCAGCGGCUGUCCGCGCGCGCGAGGCUGAGGGGCCUGUGGCGCCGCAUCAUGCGGGAGAAGAAGCGGAUCCUGCUCUGCACCACCGGCUGCGUGCCGGCGGCGGCGCCGCCGCACCGGGAGCCCUACGACGCGUACAGCUACGCGCAGAACUUCGACGACGGCGCGGCGUGGGUGGAGCCAGAGAACCUCUCGCGAUCCUUCUCCGCGCGCUUCGCCGUCCCCUCCAGGGUGCUGCAGAGGGUCGCCGUGUAGAGGCUUUAUCAAACCGCCGGCCGGCCGCCGGCGGCUCGAUUUUUUCUUUUCUCUUUCGUCUUUGACAAUUUUGGAGCCGUAAAUUGUGAAAACAGAAGCAUCGAUCCCAUCUGUAUAUGCAGUCAGUUUUUUCGUGCCA